AUGUUAAUUUCAGGAAAAGAGUAUGCAAGUCAAGUAAUUAUGGCAGAAAAAAACAUCCUGAAAAGUUCUGAGAGCGCAGCUGAAGAAUUAGUGAAGGAAGGAAAAGACGGUUUAAUGGAAAAGUUAUCAGGAAAAUUAGACGAAAGUAAAGGAAAGUUUGAAAAACUGGAGAGCAAAGCAAAAGUAGCAAUCUCUGACUUUUUUUCUGAUACUGGUGAGGCUGGGCAAGAAGUUAAAAGUAUAGUGGCUGAUAAGAUAAGAGAUGGAGAAGAAAAAUUCAGUUACUCUGCGGGUGAAAUUCAUAAAGCAUUUUCAAGAACUGCUAAUACUUUAACUGAAUCUGGUAGAGAGAUCAAAGUCAAAAUUUCGGAAAAUGUAGGAAAUCUCAGAAGUAGAAUGAACGAUGUAAUGGAGGGUAUUAGCAAUACUGCUUCUGGAGAAACUCAAGAAUUGAAUGCUCGAAGUGUUGUUGCAGAGGCAAGAAAUUCGAAAAAGUCAGAAGAUGACAGUAAUGAAGAAAUUAGCAAUAAGAUUUUGGGAAUGUCUUCUGUUGACGACAUAUUGAAGAGGCUACAACAAACUGAAAGUCAGGCACGAGACAGCAAAGCAGAAAUUAGUGACUUAUGUUCAGAAAAAAUGGCUGAGUUAGAAGAAAUCAGUGGCAAAGAUAAUGUGAAGGUUGCUGGAAAUUUGGUUAAUUUAAUGGGAUCAGAUUCAAAAGACUUAAAAGAAAUCAGUAGUGAGAAUGCUGGUCGCAGUGAACAAGCUUCUGAUUCCAUCGAACUGUCAGUGGAUGGAACAGGAGAAAGAUGGAAAGAAGGUCUAAAUGAGAUGACUAAUAAUGGUAAAAUGAAGAAAUUUGAAGAAUUCUUUUCUGAAGCAAUUAAUCCUUCAAGUGCAAAACCAAAUGAUUUGAUUGAUUUUGCAAACACCGAAAUAACAUUGGAAAAUGAUGGAAUUCACAAAAAAUCAUUCGAUGAAGAACAUGACUUAUUAGGAGACAAACAAGAUACACAAAAACCGCCUAAUAAGGAACUGAAACAAAAUAAUCAUACUUCUUCUUAUUUAGAUGAUAAUGCACUGGUCAAUACGUCAGUCACAUCCCUACCCAAGAUUUCUAAGAAAUCAUCAGAUGAGAGUGAAUCUGCAGUUGAAUUAAAUGAUACUAAAAAAAGAAUUGUUCACGAACAUAUGGGUGGGAUGUAUAUGAAAGAGAAAGAAGAAAAGGAUGUUGAAGUUGAUGAACUUAUUGAAUCUUCUGAAUCUCCUAUAUCUCCAUCGAAUACUCCUCAAGAUUUUCUAGGCGCCCCAGAUUUCGGUGGUUUGCAAAGCACCAUGAUGGAUGUUUUUGGUAAAGGUAGUGGGAAGAAAAUGCAAGAGGAGAUUUUGGGAAAAUCAAACAUGGAAUCAACUGAUAAUGACAGUGCAAAAUAUGGUGAUAGUCAAAAAACAGUAAAUUUAGACAUUUCCAAAAUCAGUGAAGCGGACGUUUCUUUGGAUGACAGGACAAACAGUGACCAUAAAUUUAACGAGACAAAUCGGGAAAGCUGUGAACACACAAUCGAUUUGGAUACCGACAAAAUUCCCAUUGAUGAAAAGGGCGAAUCUGAAAUAAAAAGUAUCGAAGAAGUAAAUUUUCAGCUAUCAAAUUACCGUUCACAAGCUUUCUCCACUUCUGCUGAGAGCACACCAGAACAAUCUGUGAAUCAAGUGACAGCUCUUAUUCCACCACGAGAGAAUAUCGUCGAUGCGUCUGUAAAUAUAUCAGAACAUGCCAACAAAAAGGUAGAUGAAAUAAUUGGCGAAUGCAAAGAUUCACAAAUUCUUUUGGAAGAUAAAGAUUUCACAUGUGAUGGGGAUUCAGUCAGUGAUGAGUUUAAUUGUCAUCGAGCAAGAUUUGAUGAACGUGCUAAAAGUCUCGAUGUGAAUGGAGGCGGGGGUGGUGUAGAGAUGCGGGAUUUAUCGGGUAAAAAAACUGAUAUUUCUGGAUCAUUAAUUAAGCAGUUCGAAGACAGGCAGCGAACUCUUUCACUGAAUACUGAAGAAAACCUAAGAAAUCAGCUAAGGCACCUAGUACUAGGUGUACCCAUUCCGGUUAAGGUCGAAACCAAGUUGGAAUCGACGGAAAAUGAUAAGAAGCCGCCGUUUGGUGUGGCUGGCCCUGGAGAGAUUCUGAUUGAGACGACACUGGUAUCAGAACCUACGCCGCUCUUGUAUCCGAUACCUUCUGUUAAUGACUUCGAAAACACUGAUAUUCCUGAAGAGACAGAAUUUCAGCAUUUCGAUGACGAAACAAUGCAAGAAUCUGAUUUUGCUAAAGAACUGCAAGAUGACAAGAAAGUCGAUGAGCAGAUGGAAAGGGAUCUAAAUCUGUCGCAUGGCAUCGAUUUCACGUCAGCUAAUGAAAAUAAAGAUGAGUUUAAAAGAUCAGUUGAGCCAAACGAUACUGAAGUGAUGCAUCUAUCCCAUAAGGAGGCACGUCAAACUAAAAGUAUACGAGAAGGCGGUAGCAAAUUAUCUGACGAACCUGGAAUUAUCGAAGAUCAGAAUAUGGUACCUAAAAAAAUGGUAAUUAAGGAAUUAGAGCAAAAACUUGAAGUUAAGCCUCAGUCUACGGUCAGUGCAAAUAUCACAGAAAAUUUUGAAUAUUCUGCUAGUUCUUCUUCAUCAUUUGAGCAUUCGCCAUUGCCACUACUAAAAUACAAAUAUUUACAAAAGACACCUCAAAAACCAUACAAAAAUGCACCUCCACCGGUACCACCGAAGAAAAAAUCUGUUGAAAUGAUACUUGCAGAAGAGGCCAAAACUGUCAGACAACGCUUGUUAAGGGAAUCGCAAAGACUACAUGGUGGAAGUGGGCCUUCACAAGAAGAUUUAAGGGAGGAGGAAGUCAAGUUUAAAAGCCAAACAGAAUCAAAUAUUAAAGAAUCAGAAAACAAAGAAGUUUCUGACCUUCCAAUUAGUGAACAUCGAACUACUCAUUCAUCAAUCGCAGAGUCCGGGAAAGUGGAUUCAGUGAUGCCAGAAAAGAUUCAGACGAUAGAAGAGACGGCAGAUGUUAUCCCAAAUGUUAUCCCAGAGGAUACCAAAGUCGAAAAAAGCAAAACAGACACUUUGAGAUCGAAGGCAAAUUCCGAAGGGCAGUCAGCGAGAAGACGGUGCUCAAUACUUUAA